AUGACCGCAGACCCCCGAGCCCUUUUGCAGAAAGCUGAUAAAGCGCUCCAAAGCGCUUCCGGUGGCUUUAGCUUUUUCGGUGGCCGUACAGAGAAGUACGAGAAUGCGGCAGACCUAUACACACAGGCCGCGAAUGCGUUUCGGAUUCAGAAGCUGAACAAGGAAGCCGGUCAAGCGUUCGAGAAAGCCGCUACUAUUCAGACCCAGAACCUUAAUGAACCCGGUGACGCCGCCAACACUCUGCAAGAGGCGUUCAAAGUCUACCGCAAGACAGACCCCGAGGAUGCCGUCCGCGUGCUUGCUGUCGCUAUCCAGCACUAUGUAUUGAACGGUAAUCUGCGCCGAGCAGCUUCCCAACAGCAGUAUCUGGCAGAAGUGUACGAGCAAGAGCUAGGGGAUACGAAGAAUGCGCUGGAGGCUUACGAGAAGGCUGCGGAGUGGUUUGAUGCUGAUAAUGCGGAGGCCCUCGCAAACAAACACUACCUCAAGGCCGCUGAUCUAGCAGCGCUAGAAGGCGACUACUACAAGGCCAUCGAGCACUACGAGCGCAUUGGCCGCUCAUCCAUCAACAACGGUCUGAUGAAGUGGUCUGUCAAGGAUUACCUCCUCAAGGCUGGACUCUGCCAUCUAGCCACUCAGGACAUGGUCUCCGCCAACCGCGCCCUGGAAAGCUACCGCGACAUCGACAACACAUUCGCCUCCACAAGAGAACACCAGCUUCUUGUAGAUCUUAUCCAGACCAUCGAAGCGCACGACCAGGAGGCAUUCGCCGAUAAGCUCUUCCAGUUCGACCAACUCAGCAAGCUGGACAAGUGGAAGACGACGAUCCUUUUGCGUGUCAAGAACGGAAUCGAAGGACCUGAGGAGGACGAUUUCGCCUAA